AUGGAUAGGGUCGAAAAGCUCUCAAGUUUGCCAUCCUUGUCCCAAAAUUUCCAGAAGUUGUCCACUGCUGCCGAGGAACCACCUCCUGCAUAUUUCGUCAAAGGAGGCAGCGUUGGUCCGGUCGAAUCUUUUCCGAUAGCUCAAAUACCAAUCGUUGAUCUAAGCCUACUUCCCUCUGUCUUCUCGACGUGUUCUGGGAAAGAACAAGAGGAUGAACUAGAGAAACUGAAGUCUGCUCUUAGUGAAUGGGGUUGCUUCCAGGUAAUAGGACAUGGCAUUCCGACCUCGCUCUUGGAAAAGGUCCGUCAAAUCGCAAAGGAGUUCUUUGCACUUCCAGUGGAAGAGAAGCAAAAGUAUGCUCGAGAUCCUGCCGAUCUCCAAGGAUAUGGGAGUGAUCCUAUACUUUCCCAAGAGCAAGUUCUCGACUGGUCUAAACGUUUAUUCCUCAACCUACUUCCACUAGAUUCGAGGAAGCUCGAACUUUGGCCUGUAACUCCAGAAGAAUUCAGAGAAGUUCUUGAUGUAUAUUUCACAGAAGUGAAAUCAGUAAUACAUCUUCUCCAGAAGGCCAUGGCCAGGUCCCUAGAUUUGGACGAGAAUUGCUUCUCCAAAAAGUAUGGAGACCAAGCAAUCAUGGCAGCGAGAUUCAACCAUUACCCUCCCUGCUCGAGACCUGAUUUAGUACUUGGUGCAAAGGCUCACUCAGAUGGUUCAGGGAUCACGGUACUUUUGCAAGACGAAGAAGUGGAAGGCCUUCAAGUUCUCAAAGAGGACCAAUGGUUCAGAGUCCCGAUGGUUCUGGGUGCAUUUGUUGUCAACGUGGGUGAUCAGAUGCAGAUAAUGAGUAAUGGGAUCUUCAAGAGUCCACUGCAUAGGGUAACAGCGAAUGCACAGCAUGGAAGGAUAUCGGUGGCUGUGUUUUAUUUGCCGGAUACUGAAAUUGACAUCGAGCCAGAUGAAGGGUUAAUAAGUGAAGAAAGGCCACAAAUGUACAGGAAGCUCAAGAAUUAUGCAGCCAUCAACUUUGAGUGCUUCCAGAGUGGGAAAAUAGCACUUGACACAGUCAAACUAUGAUGUCCAGAGCCCAUGUUCUUUGUCUUGUAAAACAAAGGAUGUAAGGAUGUCCUGUCUUCUAUGCUUGAAA